UGUGUGUGUGUGUGUGUGUGUGUGAAGCAUCAUGGCGGCUGCUCAGGACUCCUCUCUGUUCCUGGGUUUUGACUUCAGCACUCAGCAGCUGAAGGUGGUGGCGAUGGAUGAGAACCUGAACGUGGUUCAUCAGAACAAUGUGCAGUUUGACUCAGAUCUACCUGAGUUUAGGACUCAGGGAGGGGUUCAUAUCCACGCUGACAGACUGACGGUGACCUCGCCUGUCCUCAUGUGGGUGAAGGCUCUCGACAUGUUAUUGGACAAGAUGAAGGAGGCGGGGUUUGAUUUCUCGAGGGUUAAAGCGCUCUCUGGCUGCGGACAGCAACACGGCAGUGUGUUCUGGACCAGAGGAGCGUCUGAGACUCUGACGAACCUCCAACCGGACCAGAGCCUGGAGACACUGCUGCAGGACAGCUUCUCCGUGCUGGCCUCUCCUGUGUGGAUGGACUCCAGCAGCAGGAAGCAGUGUGAUGCUCUGCAGGAAGCAGCAGGGGGCGCUCUGAGGCUGGCUCAGAUCACCGGCUCCACAGCCUAUGAGCGUUUCACAGGAAAUCAGAUCGCCAAAAUAAGAGCGACACGACCCGAGGAAUUCCAGAAAACUGAGAGGAUCUCGUUGGUCAGCAGCUUCGCGGCGUCCCUCUUCCUCGGAGGUUACGCCGCCAUCGACUACAGCGACGGCUCGGGGAUGAACCUGCUGGACAUCCGGAGCAGAAACUGGUCUCAGAUCUGUUUGGAGGCGGUUUCUCCUCAGCUGGACCUCCUGCUGGGAGACCCUAAACCCUCCUCCUCCAUUCUGGGUCCCGUCUCCUCAUACUUUGUGAAGCGAUACGGUUUCUCUGAGAGCUGCAGAGUGGUGGCUUUCACCGGAGACAACCCAGCGUCUCUGGCAGGCAUGAGGCUGCAGCAGGGAGACAUCGCCGUGAGUCUGGGCACCAGUGAUACGGUGUUUCUCUGGCUCGCGGCCCCUCGCCCGGCGCUGCAGGGGCACGUGUUCUGCAGCCCCGUCAGAGAGCAGGCCUUCAUGGCGCUGCUCUGUUUUAAGAACGGCUCUCUGACGAGGGAGCGCGUCAGGAACCAGUGUGCAGGUGCAUCAUGGGAACUUUUCUCCGCCGCCUUGAGAGACACGCCGCUGGGAAACGGAGGAAACAUUGGCUUUUAUUUUGACAGUCAGGAGAUCACGCCUCCUGCAGUCGGAGUUCAUCUCUUCGACCCUCAGGACGUCCAGGUGUGCUCCUUCAGUCCUCAGGUGGAGGUGCGCUCGCUGGUCGAGGGUCAGUUUCUGUCCCGGAGGCUCCAUGCUGAGCGGCUGGGAUACUCCAUCAUCCCGGGAACCAGAGUGUUGGCAACCGGAGGAGCUUCGUCUAAUAAAGAGAUUCUGCAGGUGUUGAGUGACGUCUUUAACGCUCCAGUCUUCACCCUCGACGUCUCUAACUCCGCUUGCCUGGGAUCAGCUUACAGAGCUCUGCACGGCCUCUCUGCAGAAUCUGGUGCAUCCUUUUUCGACGUGGUGAAGAACGCACCGGAGCCUCAACUGGUCGCCACGCCACAUCCUGAAGCAAAAGAGGUGUACGACCAGAUGCUGCAGCGCUACGCCCGAUUGGAGGAGAGAGUCCUGCAGAAGUCCCGCCCCUGAGCCCCAGCAGCCAAUCAGAUCUGUCAAAAACCUUUCAGACACUGAACAUGAACAUUUGACAUUUAUUUAUCUAUAAUUAUAAACUGAUUAAAACUGCUAUUAUACUUUAAAUUAAAAUCUUUUUUCGCACACACACAAAGUAUUAUUAGUAAACAAGUGUUUUUGUUCCUUAUUGCUCAUUUAACACGUUCAUUUAAAGCACAAUUUUAUAAUGUAAAGGAUAUUUUUGAAUGUCUAAUUUUCAAUAAAUGAUGUCACAAACA